CGAAUACAACAACAAUACAAAUUCUCGUGUUCAAGACCUUUUAAGUGCUAUGUCUGCUACGCGAGUUACAACUGGUAAACUUGAUGUUGAAGAUUCCAUGUCAGUGAAUGGCAAUUUAGAGACUAAUGAGGAUGAUGAAUCGGUUGAUAUUGAUAUAACCGAUUUGUCUGGGACUGAGAAUAAGGAUAAUAAUAAUAUAAGUGAACAUCGUCCUUUAUCAUUGGUGAAAUUGAGUGAGAGUGUUGUAGAAAAACCGCGACAGCAAAGAUUUCAAACGAAAAACUGGUUAAUUUCUGAUACUUCACCAAAGAAAACAUUUCAGGAAUUAGGUAGAAAUACGUCUGAUAAUAAUCGUCUCCGAUUUAAGGAUAUCUUUAAGUUCGAUUCGAAUUUAGGGUCUGUUGAGCCAACAACAACGGUUCUAUCGUCUUCAACGUCAACAUUGAGUUCACCAAAAAGUUCAGCUCUAAAUUUGAUACGGAUUUCAAAUUUAGAAAAAGAAGUAGGAAGGGCUGUUGAAAUUCCAGUCCGAAUGAGAGCUAUGGGCUAUGGAUGUGGGAAACGUGGAAAUUCGGAAAAAGAUGAAAAUGCCGACGGAAGUGUUGGAAUGUUUUCAAAUGCCAGGAAAGGUGAAAAACCUACAUUGGUUGCUCCACCGUCGCAUAACCAUCAACAGCCGCCGGAAGUUUUGAAAUAUGAAAUUGAUGAGAAUGAUAAGGAAAAAGGGAUUCACAGUGCCAAGGAUUACAACAAUAGAACUGAUUUUUAUGAAGAAAAUAUCGAGUCCUCCUCCAGUCCAAUUACAAUCAACGAACGUUCGGAUAACAGUAAUUCACCGCAUCCUACAAUAUCCGCCAAUAUCCUGCAAUGUUCUACGGACACAUCCCUGCAUCGGAAUAGCCAUUCCCCAAAGGAUAUUUGCAUGUCACCAGAUGGAGGACACUCAGCCAAUCAAAGCAACAGCCUUAGUAGUAAACAACGUCGCUCCCGAACCAACUUUACACUCGAGCAAUUAAAUGAAUUGGAAAGACUUUUCGAAGAAACCCACUAUCCAGAUGCUUUCAUGAGGGAAGAACUGAGUCAACGAUUGGGUCUUAGUGAAGCCCGUGUACAGGUCUGGUUUCAAAACAGAAGAGCCAAGUGCAGAAAACAUGAAAAUCAAAUGCAUAAAGGAAUUCUUCUUUCAAGUCAUAGCCCACCAGUUUCAACCCCAUUGGAACCGUGUAGAGUUGCUCCUUAUGUUAAUUUACCAGCUUUAAGGAGUACGACGAGUUCAAGUUCUCAAUCGGCGAGUAGUAGCUCAAGUCAGCAUUUUGCUUCAACAUCAGCGGCAGCAACAGCAGCGGCGUUUUCAGCAUUUGAUCCUGCUUUGAUAUCAGCUGCAGCACAUCAGUAUGCUGCUGCUAUUAGCAACAACUCUAAUGGACUUUUUCCAAUACCACAAUAUCCAAUUAAUCUAGCAGCUAUUGCCGCUGCUCAUAGUAAAAGCUCCAGCAUAGCCGAUCUACGAAUGAAAGCGAAGAAACAUGCAGAAUCACUUGGACUUACGGAGAACCCAGCUUAGAAUUAAAGUUUACGUAACAAAAUUGUAUAAACCAUACUAGAAUUUAAGAAUUUUUAAAUUUAAUGAAUAUAAUAAUUCUUUAACUGUACAUUUUGAAUAUAUUUUAUAGUCACCAUUCUUUUUUAUAAAAAAUGUUUAAAGCUUAA